AUGUUAAACAUCAAACAUCUUCUGCUUGGCAUUGCUUGUGUCAGGGACAAUAUCCUUGUUCUGGAUGUGUUCUUUGAGGCUCUGAAUUAUGAGACCAUAGAGCAGAAGAAAGCGUACGAGGUGGCGGGUCUGCUAGGUGAUAUUGGUGGUCAGAUGGGCUUGUUUAUUGGUGCAAGUAUCCUGACCAUACUGGAGCUAUUUGAUUAUGCAUAUGAGGUGGUGAAGGAGAGACUGCUGGACCUGCUGAACCGAGAGGAGGAGGAAGAGAGUCAUGGAGAGGAUGUGAGUACCUGUGAUCCGGUGGUAAACCAUUCGGAAUCGAUUAGCCACACGGUCAGCGUUCCCCUCCAGACCACCCUGGGCACGCUAGAGGAGAUUGCCUGCUGAGCACCGUAACCCCUCCACACCAACAGGGGGAGCCGGGCCACUCCACUCUAAUGGGUAAAGGACAGAGUAAAACGAGGGAAAGUCUCUGUUGCUUUUUCUCGACAUGUCAUCAUUUGGCACAAACAUGAGAACUGGAAGCCAAGGAGCUUCUCGAGAAACACACAAAGUUUCUCACAAACACCAUCUGUUUGUUCAUGAAGGAAAGCAAAAGCUUGUGGACCCGUCAGGACAGUCACUUGUAAAAAUAAGACAAACAUGAAAACACGAGCAUGUGAGGAACUGCAGAUGUGCACGGCCUCUGCGUGUUCUCGCGUUCUCUCUUUCUCUCUCUGCCCAGCCGCCAUUUUGAAGUCUACUGCCAAAACACUGUAAAUUAUUAACGGAGAAAAUGUUGUGAUACUGUUCUAACUGUGCAUGUGCCAGUUUCAUGCGUUACAAUGCGGUUUUCUCAAACUUGUCAUCCUCUCUCAAGUGUGGAGACGGUUUUGUCUUCUUGUGCUGUUCGUUUGCUAUGUGUUUCUGCAUCUCAAUUGGCUUCUUGAUGUAUCAGGGAUGCAUCAUAAAACUGAGAGCCCCUUUCUUCUAUCCUUUUUAUUUUUCUAUCCUUCAUAGAAAAGCCGAAUGGGUCACAGUACAAUGACAGCCAUUAUGAGUCCACUGUGGCAGUGUAUGGCUCUUCUACAUGCUUUCUGGAUCCCAUUUGAAAAAUGAAGAACAACGAGAGUACAGAAAAAAAGUUUUUUUGUCGCUUUCUGCAUAAGAGUAUAGUGAUACAGCUAACAGUUUUCUUUUUGUUAAAUGUGAGAGGUGUUAAUUUGUCAUUUAAAGCCGAUAUGAUCUGCUUUUAAUUCAGAGCUGAGGGAUACAUCAGCGCUUUUCAGAGAUUUUUUGACAGCCAUCAUGAUUCUGCUUCCCCAAAUAUCGUAAGUGGGAUAUUUUCAUACGUAUAAAGGAUCUAGAGGCGUUCAUGGUGGUUUAUUAUGUGAGUUGUCGCUAUACUGUUGUCUAUGUCUCGUCAUUUCAGAGCUCUUCAUCUGUGCUGUGGUUUAUUAACACUGUAAUUGCCAUAUGUUAUCUGAUAUUUACUAUGUUCCCACUGUGUUCUUUGAUGAUGAAUGAUAGACAGUUCAAACGUGUGCUUAUGUUCUUUUCUGCUCUCAAACUAAAUGUGAGGUUCUCGGAUCACUGUACAUCAGUAUGAAUGAAGCCUCAGUUGACCCAUUCAUUCUUCAACAUGUACAGUGUUUCAGCCAAAAUUCAUUAACUGAGGCAAAAUCAUUCAUGCAGAAUGUGCUUUGGCUGAAAAUGAUGAAAAGAGGGUCCGUUCUGGGUGAUGAGAGUGAGCUUGAUUGCAUUUCUCAAUUUAACUCCCCUCAAUAUUCAAUUUAAGAAUAUUGACUGGCGCAAAGCUUGAUUGACUGAGCUUGUGUGUUAAAACUGUAGGUGACGCUUUUUAAUAAAUUGUUUUGGGGCAUGAAAACCGCUGGCAGACAAGUAAUACCAGAAAUGUGUUGACAAGCUCCUGGAAUAUACAAAAAGGUAUUUAAUCUGGUUUAUUAAGCCUAGGCUUUCACACGUGACCUAGGGCCCCCUUGUCCAAUCAGAUUUGAGCUUAGAGGCAGUAUGCAAAUAUCUGUCAUAAAUAUCCAUGCUCAGAGAUUUUUCUUGGAGGAUUAUUACUAGUUAUUAUUUUCAUGCCCCCCUUAUGGGGCAACAGUAUUAAGAGUGGGAUUUGCACCUAUAUCGUAAUGCGACAUUUAUUAAAUAAUAACAUUAAGAGCAGAAACAUAAUUUUGCCACAGGGAAUAGAAUAAUGAAUGUGUGCUAUGGGUUGUUUGUGGCAUGUGAGAGAGCCAUGUUAUUGUGUUAAUACAGACACAUGUUGCUUAAUGUGUGUUAUAUUUUAUUCUAUAAAUAUAGUAGAUAAAUAAAUAUAAAAAAAAACAUGCAGAUAUCCAGUCUGGGCACUUUCCGGACUUGCAAAGUAUCUGUGACCGAAUGUAAAUGUUUUUAGUUGUUACAUUUGCAAUUCAAUUUGCUAAUCAAAUGUAAUGGGCUGUACAGGAUUAAUGUUUUAUCCUUAUUUGCCCUAAAAUGUGAUGAUUUUUUUCUUAAUAUGUCAAAGAUAGAUCUGUAAACCUCAAAGGGUUUCAGGCACAUGCAAAGGGGAAAAAAAUAGGCUAACCAAACAUGUACACACUAAAAAACGCAGAAACCCACAGCAUCUGUCCAUACUUACACAACAGUGAACUAAGAAGUUACUCAUAAUGUUAAACAGUAAUUUUAGUAGACAAACUCUUUCUUGCCAUGUGGGCAAACACCAAAGGGGUGUCACGUCACCUUUGCUAUUUUCUCAUUAGGAGAAACCAGAGGGGUUGAUGGUUUCUAACUCCAAGGUAUAAUUGCUUUAGUACCUCAGACCUUAGAGAUGAAAAAAAUAAAGGCUAAAUGGA